UUUAUUUGGCACAUUUUAGAAUAUUAUUUGGAAUUCCAUUUUGUAAAACUACUAUGAUUGUAUUGUUAUAAAUGUUUGUUUUUCCUUUUGCAUUUUUUUACAUUAUUGUUUUCAAUAAUCAGAAAGUGUGCAUUUUGAGAAGAUCAUCACCUGAGAAACAAACAAAUAAAUUGAAUCGAAAAUGGUUACAAUACAUGACUUUUUUGUUCAUAUUUUUGAAAUAUAUUUUAAAUCAAUGUUUAUAAAUGAUAACAAAAAAUGAAAAUACCACAGUAAAUUUAAUAUUAAUGUGUUUGAUAAAAAUACAAACAAGAAAAUCAAUUUUGAGACGUUAAUAAUAAUAAUAUAUAAUUUAUUUAAAAAAAUUUAAGGGAGAUGAAUAUGACCGUGAGGCAAGUGAAAAUGAUGAAGAUUCUCAGACUCGUAUAACGCAUGAUGAAAGAGGAGUUGAUAGAUGCAGUGACAACGAUGACCAACCAUCACCAGAAAGCGAUGAUGGCCAUUAUGAAGAAGAGCCUGAAUGUGAAGUAAUACAGUUGCAUUUAAUGUUUAAAAUUAAGAAGAAAGUAUUUAUUGUGAUGUUUUUCAUUAUUAUUAUUUUGCCAAGAUGGAACGACGAGCUUCUCCCUCCUCCGAGAUUGACGCCGAUGCUGAUGAUUUUACAACGACGUCUGUUUCCUCUCUCAAUGAUUCUGAAGUUGAUGAGAGCGACGUCGACGAGGAUAAUAGCGACGAAGAAAUUAAUAAUGGGCAGCAAGAGGAGGAGUCAAAUGAGGACUCACUACCAGAGGAAUUUGACAAAAACGAGAGUUUCGCUGCUCCUUUUCUGAAGUUGCCACAGGUCCCCCUUUACCCUCCUGAUGGUCCAAGUGUGGCAGAUAUGACGCUUGUCAUUUUAUCAAUACUCAUUAAACACAACUCUACUGACUCUUUGAAAACCGAGAUUUUCCGCGGACUCAAUCUUCUCCUUGGAACUAAUGACUUUCCGGACAACCAGUAUAAGUUGAAAAAACUUUACAAAGCAACCAGUGACACAAUGGAAUGUCAUGUUUUUUGCAAGAAGUGCAUGAAAUAUGUGGGAUUGAAAGAAGAAAAGUUACUCUGUCCAUCAUGCAAUGAGUUGAUCAAAAAAUCAGAAAAGGAAGAAAAUUUCUUCUUUACCGCCAAGCUGAAGAAUAUUUUGUCAUCAACACUUGAGAAGAAUAGCGAGAGCUAUGAUGGAAACUUUGCUGAAAUGCCAUUAGUGAGGGCAGAUGGAGAAGAGAAAGUCUUUUCUGAUCUCCCAGAUGGAAGCAUCCACGCUUCGCUUCGUGGAAAAUUCGGACCGUCCAUUCAUAGUUACAACAUUUUCGGGGAUGCUGCACCUGCUUUCGAAGCCUCGAAGAAAUCCAUUUUUGCUCUGAUGUUGGCUCCAAACUUUAUUAAAAAAUCGGAGAGGUCUCGAAACGUGAAGCUAGCAGCAAUCUGGGUGGGCCGAAAAGAGCCUGAUAUGAAUGUUCUUCUACAGCCUUUUGUUAAAGAGGCUAGGUAUAUUGCUGAAAAAGGAAUUCAGUGGACGGACCACAACGGAGAAGCGAGAAACUGUAAAAUUUUCCCACUCACAGCAGUCGCAGACUCGGUCGCGAGACCCAAGAUGAUCGGGUCAUGCGUACACAAUGCUCAAUUUGGAUGCACUUGGUGUUAUCACCCCAACGACGCCAUUGGGCAGUCGUACAACAGGUAUACUUUUCGAGAACCAUGUGCGCCACUACGCACUAACGUAUCCUGGAAAGAGGAUUUGGACACUGCCUUAAGCACAGGUGAGCCCUGCAAGGGUGUUCAAAAUGAAAGCGUUCUGCUGGAUCUACCAGGGUUUCUCAUCCCUGAAAAUAUUGGAGUUGAGCAGAUGCACGCGGCUGAUGUAGGCCACUCAAAAACAGUCCUGAAAUUGUGGACAAGCAAUUUUCGCCAAGACUACUACAUUUACACUCCUGCAAAGCGAAUGCUCCUCGACAAAAAUAUGUCUGAGGUGCGACUGCCGACUCUGAAAAAUGCAAGAUUGCUCACAAAAUUUACAGACUUUAAAUCAUGGAAAGCUAGCCAGGCAAAGUUGUGGACUCUUCACUUGAGUGUGCCAUUGCUCAUUGAGGUACAGAAGCCAAAAGAUGUAGCGGUUUGGGCAAGAUUUGUCGCUGCAUAUUGGCUCCUUAAUCAGUCCACGAUUACGGAGACUGAUCUGAUUACUGCUCAAACCUACCUAGAGGAGCAUUCUCAAGGAUAUGUGACACUCUACGGAACUCUGGUCAUGACGUCAAACCUUCAUCAGUCUCUUCACUGGCCAUUGGCUGUUGCUCGAAUGGGUCCGUUACAAAACUUUUCGGCAUACCAGUAUGAAGGAAAGUUCCCAGACAUCAAAAAAGACAUCAGCAGCACGAAAGCUACCGCACAACAGGUAAUGGAGCGUGCAAUCAUGAGAGAAUCGCUCCCUCACAUUGCACAGACAGUGCUCAGGAGGCAACAAACAAAAGAGUACGUUUCCCAACUCUUAGAAGGCAAAUCUACCAAAGUCGGACCACCUGAGACAAGAGGCCCACCAACGUCUGAAGAUGCUGAAGGGAAGCACUUCAAGAAAGCACUGUGGUCAGGAUUUGUCCUUCGAACUUUUGAGAGUCAGAAGGGUACACGCAAAUGUGACUCUUGCGUGCAACUGAAAGACAAUACAUUUGGUAUCGUCACAGAUGUCAUGAAAAUUGUUGAAAACAACAAAGUCAGAUUAAAAAUUUUAUCUUUGAACUGCACGCCACACAUCAUCAAAAAGUGCACAAUUAGGUCGGGCGAUCGUGAACUGAAUAUGGAAGACCUGAAGCUCCCUCAUCUUUAUUCAGCAAGUGUGGCGCACCAGCGAUUGAGGGUGGUAGAUGCCGAAAUGGUCAAGGGUGUUUGUAUUUUGAUGGAAAUGACAAAUGGAAAGUUGUAUGUUAGUGUUCCACCAAAUAAUGAAGAGGCCCAGUAAAAAGCAUA